AUGGAUUCGUUCGAUGCUGCUAACCAAUUGCUGCAAAUGCUUCGUAAUUUGUCGCCGCAACUACAACAUUUGAGCAAAGCAGCAUACUUUGCAUUAAAGAAUUCCGACAAAGAAGACUAUUUAUUGCCAACAAUAUUAGAUGUGAUAAACGACAGACAAUUACCUACAAGUAUCAAAGCAAAUAUACUACAGUUUAUUGACUUGUUGAUAAUCGAAUCACUUAGUCUGGAUAAGCAUAGGCAAGCAUAUGUGCAGGGUUUGAAAGAUAAUUUGCCUUUGAUUAUAACGGAAGUAACAUAUAACAAAUCGAAUUUGUACAGCACUUAUUUGAGUUUAAUUAAUAUAUCUCAACACUUUAAAAUGGAUUGUCGUGGAUUUGUGUCGCAGUUUGAUUCCAAUUUGUUGACAGAUAAAGACAUUGAUCGGAUUAAGAAGAAUGAAGAGUUUACCAAACCUGACAUUAACGAUGAUGACCCGUUGGUGCGAUCAUGGAAAAUACUCUUGCAGUGCAAACAAGAAUGCCAGUUUGAAAGAGCCAAGUUAUUGGAACAUUCCGAGUACGUCGACGAUAUUGUUGAUGAAGGCCUGUUGUUUAAUAUUCGAGAAAAAUCAAACCCUUCGACGACGUUGUUAUCAAAACGUCAUAUUCUUGUGCGCAUGGAGGACGACAGAGAAGCGCACAAACGGUCGAAAGAGAAUUUCUGGGUGGUUAAUCGAGACAAGGACAAGGGCAACUACAUCACUGAGGAUGAGUUUGUUGACCAUUACUGGAACAAGUUCCAGCCGUUAACCGAUCAAGAAAACAAAGAGUUCCUCAACUCGUUGCAAGAAUUGAAUGGGAUUGUAGAAAAUAGCUAUAAAGACAAAUACUAA